CCACGUCGACUGGCACACUCGCCAUAUUUUCAAUCCUGUGCACCCCGCAGCCCGGUGUUACUACUAAGUGGAGCAGGAGAAGCUUUCGUAGAAGGAAGCAUAAAACCGUGAAACUAAGAGAGAAAAGGAACAGCUGCGUGAGCCCCAUUGCCUUUUCAUUCUGCAAACAUGAACAUCUUCAGAUUGACAGGCGACCUCUCUCAUCUGGCUGCUAUCAUCAUCCUGCUCCUGAAAAUAUGGAAAAGCAGGUCAUGUGCAGGUAUCUCCGGAAAAAGCCAGAUUCUCUUUGCUCUUGUGUUCACCACACGCUACUUGGAUCUCCUCACCUCUUUCAUCUCACUCUAUAACACUUGCAUGAAGGUGAUCUACAUUGGUUGUUCGUAUGCCACGGUGUACCUGAUCUACAUGAAGUUCAGGGCCACCUACGAUGGCAACCAUGACAGUUUCAGAGUGGAGUUCCUGGUUGUUCCAGUUGGUGGUCUUGCUGUUCUCAUCAACCAUGAUUUCGCUGUCCUUGAGAUCUUGUGGACAUUCUCCAUUUACCUGGAGUCGGUGGCAAUUCUACCCCAGCUUUUCAUGAUCAGCAAGACCGGUGAGGCCGAGACCAUCACCACCCAUUAUCUGUUCUGCCUGGGGAUGUAUCGAGCCCUCUACCUCUUCAACUGGAUCUGGCGCUUCUACUUUGAGGGCUUCUUUGACAUGAUUGCCAUAGUGGCUGGGGUGGUCCAGACUGUCCUCUACUGUGACUUCUUCUACCUUUAUGUCACUAAAGUGUUGAAAGGCAAGACGCUGAGCCUGCCAGCAUAGAAAGCACAGGAGGCGGCGGCGACGACUCCCAGCAGACUCAGGGGGUGCGGAGAUGACGACAUGGAAUCUCGUGACCUAUAGCAAAGGAUGUCUGAAACAGAGAGCCAACUAACGGGGAAAAACACUAGUCUUCUAGAUGACUUCUGAUGGAACUGGUAAAUGCCAACAAACACCAGAGCUGAACAAAGAUCUUCCCAGGUCAACCAUUGGAUUUCUGUGUUCAGCAUCUUGCCUUAAACAUCUUUUCAUUGCUGUUCAAAUAGGAGGAAAGGCUUUUUUCUACAUAUGUUUUUUUUUUUUUUUUUUUUUUUUUUUACAUUUUUUUAAUAUCACAAAUAGGGUUGACUCUGAGAAGUACCUUGUUUGACUUGGUAAUGAAAUGCACAAAUGUACAGUCUUAUAGCGUGAGAUAAAGAGUAAUGUAUCGGAGUGCCUGAUGAGGUUUAUGGCCAUUGUCUCACAGUAUUUUUUUUUUUUUUUUUUUUUACUUCAGGAUUGUUUUGCCUUGUUAAUUGUAUACAUAUAUUACAUGUACCUUCUCGAGAACAUUUUAAAGAGGCCAACGCAAACAUUGAUUUUUGUAAAAACAAUAAAAUUGCUCUGAACAAGAUUUUAAAAAUGUUACUCUCUUCACAUUAUCCAAAUGUUUUUGUAAAUGGAAGUCCUUGAGUUAAAGCAGUAACUGAUAAAAUACCUGACUUUGACGCCAGCAACAAUUUUGUCAUUAGUGUCAGUAUUUUCAAUUCAUGGCUGUCUUAUAUAAACUUCUCAUGUGAUCUUGCUAAUUGCAUUAAAGAUACUGAAAUGCACCAGUGUUCUAUAGCUUUAAUAUAGAUUUCACACCAUUUUAAGUCCUGUUACAUCUUGUUUUGGAUGUAGAUAGAGCACACACUUUGUUUCAGCUACAGCACCUCAGUAACAAAUACAUGAACACUAAAGUCAGAGUAAGGCAAUAAUGAAAAAUUAUGAUGAACGUGUAACAUAUCGGGACAAAUAAUGCUGAAAAUCUGUAGAUGUUGAACUGACUGAAUAGUUAAUUAUGUCCAGAGUGUAAAGAAUGACAAAAAAUGUGACUUAAGGAGAUCAUGUUUUCAGUGGGUGCAUUUUAUUAAACUUAAAGGUCUCUUCUUAACUGCAACUCUUCCCAGUAGUCAUUCCUAAAAGAUUUCAACUUUUAAUAUCUUUUUUUGCAUGAUAUCACCUCCAUUAAAGAUUUUAUGAGAACCAC